GCCUCCUCUUAUAGCUGUCCAAUUUGUAAGCAUGACAGCAGGAGCCCCUUUGGCCUUUCCUUUACAUCAUUUUUGAUAGAGCUAACCUCUUGAUACAAACUAUCCAUGCUUACAAACAUCUUCAUGCUGUAAACAUUACUGUCUCUUGCAAGCUGCAUUGUGCAAAAAAUAGUCCGAACUCCGCAGAAUGCCAACCAACGCCACCUGGUGACAACCAUCCAAAAACAUAUAAAUUGCAACACAUACCAAUCUAGCACCUUCACUUUCACUACUUGCCAUAAUAUACUUUUCGUUGACAACCCACACUCAAACACCCACAAAGCAACCAUGUCUACCUAUGUUCUUCGUUACUUCCCUCUCAAGGCUCGCGCCGAGACCUGCCGUGCCCUGCUGAGCUACAACGAUUCUGAGUACAGCGAUGAGGCCCCUGUCUGGCCCCAGGAUAAAGUCAACCAGCCGGUUGGCCAGCUCCCCGUCCUGAUCGAGACUGAUGAGUCUGGAAACGUUUUUGAGCUUAGCGAGUCUCUGGCAAUUGAGCACUACCUGGCAGCCAAGCACGGCUUGCUUGUCAACGGCACCCCUCAAGACAGUGCCCGCCAAGAUGAGCUACGCCAUCAGCUUGUUGAUAUUUUCAACUAUGCCCCAAGACACCGCUUUACUGUUGAGGAGGCUCGCCCGUCUAUCAAGGAACGGUUUGAGACCCAGGUCCAGUUCUUCAUCAAAUACCACGAGAACCAUCUCAAGAACAACGGCUCCAACGGCCACUAUUUUGGCAACGAAAUCACAUACAUGGAUGUAGCUCUCGUUGCAACCUUGCGCUCGAUUAACGACUUUGGAAACCAGUGCCUGUCAGGCAUGUCGGACUUUUUCACUCCGGAAAAGGCACCCCUGAUCAACAAGGUUGUUGAGGUUGUCAGUGCUGACCCGAAGAUGGCAAAGUACCUUAGCAAGUAAAAUCUUUCUUGGAUAGCCAUUGCCUAUAAUAAUAACCGUCGAACCAUCUGAUUGGUGAUAUGGAGAAGUAAGACGACAC